AUUUUGUUCUAAAAAGCUGCUUGUGAAGGUAAAUGUUUAAAUGUGCAAUCCUCGAAAAAUAUAAAAAUAUAGUCGCUGGAAUAUAAAACAAUUCACUAAACUUGAACUGUUACUUUCGCCAUGUACGACACGGAAGACGAUCAAUAUGAGGAGGAAGACCAAGAGGAAAUAUCGUCCGAACUCUGGCAAGAAGCCUGUUGGAUCGUCAUCAAUGCGUAUUUUGAUGAGAAAGGUUUAGUGCGACAACAGUUGGAUAGUUUCGACGAAUUUAUUCAAAUGUCUGUUCAGCGCAUCGUGGAAGAUUCUCCUCCCAUAGAACUGCAGGCAGAAGCCCAGCAUUCCUCCGGCGAAAUUGAAACACCGCCAAAAUAUCUCUUGAAAUUUGAUCAGAUUUAUUUGUCCAAACCAACACAUUGGGAGAAAGAUGGGGCACCGUCCCCUAUGAUGCCCAACGAAGCCCGUCUUCGCAAUCUCACAUACUCGGCGCCGCUAUACGUGGAUAUAACUAAGACCAUAGUGAAGGAGAAUGAGGAUCCCAUUGAGACACAGCACCAGAAAACAUUCAUUGGUAAAAUACCUAUUAUGCUUCGAUCCACUUAUUGCCUCUUGAGCAAUUUGACUGACAGAGAUUUGACAGAAUUAAAUGAGUGUCCUCUUGACCCUGGCGGCUACUUCAUAAUCAAUGGUUCAGAAAAAGUGUUGAUAGCUCAAGAAAAAAUGGCAACUAACACUGUGUAUGUAUUUAGCAUGAAAGAUGGCAAAUAUGCUUACAAAACUGAGAUUCGCUCAUGCCUUGAACACAGUUCAAGACCAACAUCAACCCUAUGGGUUAACAUGAUGGCUCGAGGUGGCCAAAGCAUUAAGAAGUCUGCUAUUGGACAAAGGAUAAUUGCUAUUGUCCCUUACAUAAAACAAGAAAUUCCCAUAAUGAUUGUGUUUAGAGCUCUUGGGUUUGUAGCUGACCGAGAUAUUUUGGAACAUAUCAUUUACGACUUUGACGACCCUGAGAUGAUGGAAAUGGUGAAGCCCUCACUCGAUGAAGCUUUUGUGAUCCAAGAGCAGAAUGUUGCUCUAAAUUUUAUUGGUGCUCGUGGAGCACGUCCUGGUGUUACUAAAGAGAAAAGAAUUAAAUAUGCAAGAGAGAUUUUACAAAAAGAAAUGCUUCCACAUGUGGGUGUGUCAGAUUUUUGUGAAACAAAAAAGGCCUACUUUUUGGGAUAUAUGGUACACAGACUUUUGUUGGCUGCUUUGGGACGCAGAGAAUUAGAUGACAGAGAUCACUAUGGAAAUAAAAGAUUAGACUUAGCAGGACCUCUGCUAGCCUUUUUGUUUCGAGGUCUUUUUAAAAACUUGCUGAAGGAGGUUAGAAUGUAUGCUCAGAAGUUUAUUGACAGGGGUAAAGAUUUCAACCUUGAACUGGCUAUUAAAACAAAAAUCAUAACUGAUGGCCUAAGGUAUUCUUUAGCCACUGGUAAUUGGGGUGAUCAGAAAAAAGCCCAUCAAGCAAGAGCUGGUGUGUCUCAAGUGUUGAAUAGACUGACAUUUGCUUCAACAUUGUCACAUCUUCGGCGCGUCAAUUCUCCAAUUGGACGAGAUGGCAAACUUGCUAAACCUCGUCAGCUACAUAAUACAUUGUGGGGUAUGAUUUGUCCAGCUGAGACACCAGAAGGUGCAGCUGUAGGUCUUGUGAAAAAUCUUGCCCUGAUGGCUUAUAUUUCUGUGGGAAGUCAACCAUCUCCAAUCUUGGAAUUUUUGGAAGAGUGGUCUAUGGAAAAUUUAGAAGAAAUAGCUCCAUCAGCUAUUGCAGAUGCCACUAAAAUAUUUGUAAAUGGGUGUUGGGUUGGUAUCCACAGAGACCCUGAACAACUAAUGGCUACUCUAAGAAAAUUGAGACGUCAAAUGGACAUCAUUGUGUCAGAAGUGAGCAUGAUUCGAGACAUUAGAGAUAGAGAAAUCAGAAUAUAUACAGAUGCAGGUAGAAUUUGCAGACCUUUACUGAUUGUGGAAAAUGGAGCACUUCUUUUGAAGAAGAAACACAUUGACAACUUAAAGGAAAGAGACUACAAUAACUACGGUUGGCAAAACUUGGUAGCUAGUGGUGUUGUUGAAUAUAUUGACACUUUAGAAGAGGAAACAGUCAUGAUUGCUAUGACACCUGAAGAUCUAGCACAAAUCAAAGAAUUUGCAUACUGUAACACUUACACCCAUUGUGAGAUUCAUCCAGCUAUGAUAUUGGGUGUAUGUGCCUCUAUUAUUCCAUUCCCUGACCACAACCAAAGCCCCAGGAAUACUUACCAAAGUGCUAUGGGAAAACAGGCUAUGGGUGUCUACAUUACGAAUUUUCAUGUGAGAAUGGAUACAUUGGCUCAUGUCCUUUUCUAUCCUCAUAAACCACUGGUUACUACACGUUCCAUGGAAUAUUUGCGUUUUAGAGAAUUGCCAGCUGGUAUAAAUUCGAUUGUAGCCAUUCUGUGCUACACUGGCUACAACCAAGAAGACAGUGUCAUCUUAAAUGCAUCUGCUGUUGAAAGAGGAUUCUUCAGAUCUGUUUUCUACCGUUCUUACAAAGAUUCGGAAUCAAAAAGAAUUGGAGAUCAAGAAGAACAAUUUGAAAAGCCUACCAGGCAGACUUGUCAAGGUAUGCGAAAUGCUCUGUAUGACAAAUUGGAUGAUGAUGGUAUUAUUGCUCCUGGUAUCAGAGUGUCUGGAGAUGAUGUCGUAAUUGGAAAAACGAUUACUCUUCCUGAAAAUGAUGAUGAACUGGAAGGAACAACAAAGCGUUACACUAAGCGUGAUGCAUCCACUUUCUUACGUAACAGUGAAACUGGUAUUGUUGAUCAAGUCAUGUUGACCCUUAAUAGCGAGGGUUACAAGUUCUGUAAAAUUCGUGUCAGAUCAGUCCGUAUUCCUCAAAUUGGUGACAAAUUUGCCUCUCGUCACGGGCAAAAGGGUACUUGUGGAAUUCAGUACAGACAAGAAGACAUGCCUUUUACCUGUGAAGGAAUCACACCAGAUAUCAUUAUUAACCCACACGCUAUUCCAUCUCGUAUGACAAUUGGUCACUUGAUUGAAUGUAUUCAAGGAAAAGUGUCUUCCAAUAAAGGCGAAAUUGGUGAUGCUACGCCUUUUAAUGACGCUGUAAACGUACAAAAAAUAUCGUCGUUAUUGCAAGAGUAUGGCUAUCAUCUUCGUGGCAAUGAAGUUAUGUAUAAUGGGCACACAGGUCGAAAGAUUAACGCCCAAGUUUUCUUAGGUCCAACUUAUUAUCAGCGCCUCAAGCACAUGGUCGAUGACAAAAUUCAUUCAAGAGCUAGAGGACCGGUACAAAUUUUAGUGAGACAACCUAUGGAGGGCAGAGCGAGAGAUGGAGGAUUGCGUUUCGGAGAGAUGGAGCGUGACUGUCAAAUUGCCCAUGGAGCCGCGCAGUUCUUGCGAGAGCGUCUCUUCGAAGUCUCAGAUCCUUACCGCAUACACGUUUGUAACUUCUGCGGUUUGAUUGCCAUAGCAAAUUUGCGGAACAAUACCUUUGAGUGUAAAGGCUGCAAGAACAAAACGCAGAUUUCCCAAAUUCGUCUUCCUUACGCUGCUAAACUGUUAUUCCAAGAACUGAUGUCUAUGAAUAUUGCGCCCAGAUUGAUGGUUAUUUAAAAUUUCUUAUAUAAGUUAGUAAAUAAGACCAAUGUAUUUUCAAUAAUAAAC